GUUGUUGUUACUACUGUGGUCUACGUCGUCGACGUCGUUAAAGCCGCGGCCUGCGCGAGCGUGCGCGUGUGCCUGAAGCCGGUGUACAAGUGUGAAUCGUGGACAGACGAUCCGGUUUGGAAAAACCGUUCCCGGUCCGGAUCCUCGUGACUCGUCGAAGAGGGGUGUGCGCGAAAGGAACGAUAGCGCUUGGUGACUGGCUAAGCGGAACGCGACGCGGAAUGGACCAGAAACGAGGAUAAUGAGGUGCGCGGAGUGAAUUUUGUGUUUUCCACGGUGCUUCUUUCCUACAUUUCUUUCUCACUUGUGCGUCUAGUUGGAAGCAUACAACCGAUCGAUCCGAUAACGAACCAUAUCGUGUCGAUAUCAUUCGCGGAAUCGAACAGAAAAAUAAAGAAAGAAAGAAGGGAAAAACCGUAACGACGUCUUGUGCGUAACCACAGAAAAACCGUGUACAUACAUGUGGUGGUAGGUGAAAAACUAAAAAAGAACAGAAAGGGCUACCCGCGACAGUGGGUUCGCCCUUCGACGAGGAGAAGUCUCGAAAAUCUCGUCGAAACUCGCGGCAGAUUCACGUUUGGUACGGGUCGAUCCAUCGCGAAGGUGGUGACACUAUCAUCCGUGGAGAUGUGAUCCGGAACACAGGAAGGACGCUUAGUAGUUUGUAGUUGGCCCCCUCCCCCCCUCGCCACCCCACCAGCACCCCACCAGCACCCCUCGACCUACCACCUACCACGUUCUCUACCACCUUCUUCUUACUGUUCUCCACGUACGUACACACGUCUACACGCGCGCACUUUCAAGCCAUCGGCACGAAGAUCGUCCAUCAAUCCAUCUUCUAAGAAGAAUAUCGACUUUUCUUUAUCGAAUGCACAGAAGACUUCCUCCCUUACGAUCCAGCGAGAUUACACUUCGAGAUAUACAUCGAGAUACCCUUCGGAUACGUUUCUCUUUGUACGCUAGCCCCGACAAAGUCCUCACUGGCUGCUCCUCUUCUUCCGUCCAAUCACGUGCCAUACAACGCUCAGCAGAAGACUGUGAUACGCAACCCCGCAUGCUUAGAACCCGUUCGUUCCCGUAGAGGUUAGUAGACGAUAUUAGUCGACCGCUAGAGAGGACCGAAGCAGAAAGGGAGAACUUUGGAGGAGGACACGACGUCGCGGGAUAAGAGGCUCGUCCAGCGGAACGCCACGAUUAGACGAACUGGAAAGAGAAGUGGAAGACUGCGCGGGAGAAUGUCGACUUGCACCGACGAGGCCGACAACGCACCCCUGCACAUGCAGGAGGCUCUGUCCCCGGUGCAGGAGGGGCCAGUGUCCCCGGCGUCCUCCUCGCUGAGCAACCAGAAUCAAAACGAGAGCGAGCAACAGGUGUUGCUGGCCACGAUGCAGCCAGUGAACGUCCUAGACCUGCACGAACCAGCGACGGUUCACUCUCUGCAUCCAAAAUACCAUCAUCACCAUCACCGUCACCACCAUCAUCAUCACCAUCAUCACCACCAACAGCAACAACAUAUCCAAACUGAUCCGGACGACGUUCAGCAACGAGCGACGGACGACGCCGAUGGCCGAGUGACGCCUGGCACCGACGCAGCGGCCGCCAACACGACGCUGAGCGUCGGUGAGCACAAGAUGAUCGAUUUAAUUUACAACGACGGUCAAAAAACCGUCAUGUACACGCACGACAAGGAGAUCAUCUACGAGAACGAAGCGGAUCGCGUUCAAGUGGUCGAGUAUCCACCACCGCCACCAUCACCGCCAUCUCCGUCGCCACCCUCGGCAGUCACAAGAGCUGGAUUAUUGCCACCCACGUGUGUUACACCUAGAUCUGGGUCGGCCACGACCGCGUUACAUCUGCAUCAUUAUCCUCAACUGCAGUUGCAACACGAGGAUGAUCUUCCACCCAGUGUUCGCCAUGCUGUAAACGCAACGGUUCCAAAUUGUGCGGCGGCCACUACUACGACUACCGUGUUGGUUCUGUCGGAAUUGGUCGCUGCUGAUCCUGCGGCUGGAGCUGCUGCUGCUCAACAACUCACUCUUACUGCCGCUGCCGCUGCUGCUUCCCUCCGUGCAGGACGACGAAGCCGCGGCGAGGAGGACACGAGCGGUGUAGACGAGAAUUCUCAGCAACAGCAAUCGGGCUACGUGGCCGGGCAGCGUGACACGGAGGAAGAGGAAGAGCUGGGGGCGGAAGAGGCGGCAGCGCAGGCGGCGCAGUCCCUGCAGAGCGGCGCCGAGGGCGCCGAUCCAGAAGUACACAAGAGGGUUGCUGCCGUGCAGGUGCAGGUGCAGGGUAUGGAGGGCGACUGGCGGACCUACUGCGAGCAUCCGCUCUCGGUAGCGACCGCGGCGAUGCUCAAUCUCCAACAGCAGCACCAAGUGUCGGCCGUCGCGAGCCACGGCGAUGAUCCAGCAGCUUCGUACGUCUACGAGUACUACAAGAUCCCAGAGAAGAGCACCGCGGACGUCAAACUACCACCCACUCAUGAACUCUGGUCCACGGGUGUGAUGGGCCAGAAGCUGCUAGUGCAAGAGGCGCCUGGCUCCGGUUCCGGUUCGACGAAUCGCAUGGAAGGCGGCGAAGGCGCCGGAGGAGGGGAACUACACCACUUCCUCCAUCAGUACAACCAGCCGUCCCACAGUCCUGGCCAGAGUCUACAGGGUGGCCUUCCGCUUCCGCUUAGCCCGCAGUCUCUCAGACACGACGGUUCCUCGAGCACCGGCAUCGCCGGAGUCAAAAGGGAGCCCGAGGACUUGAGCUCGUCGAGAGGGGCGCAACAGUCCAGCAAAAGGCACAAACAGGCUCAGCCGGACAGUCCCACGCCACCGGGAAUGUACCAUCAUCAUCAACAUCAACUACAGGUGCAACAGUACGGCAGUCCCUACGAUCCCUACAGCUCGUGCAGCCCACGAUUGCAGUCCACGGCGUACACGUCGACUUCGGCGACAGGCGCGGCAAACGCUGGAAACCCGAGCGGAUUGCACCAAGAGGCCACUGCGGUCUACGUCACCGGCGACGCUCUGCCACCAUUGGCUUCGUCGAGCUCGUCCUCGUUGUCCACCACGACCGCUUCGUACACGAGGUACGAGGUUGUGCCAAGCUCUUACGCGACGACACACGCGAUACGCUCAUCCUCGAGCAGCAGCAAAGUCCUGACCGUUGAUCUUCCCAGCCCCGACUCCGGCAUCGGCGCGGACGCGGUCACGCCCAGGCAAGAUCAUCAUCCGCCCACGGCGCUUCAUCAGUCCUCCUUCGACUACACGGAAUUAUGUCCCGGUGGAACGGCUGCUGGAACCGCUGUUGUCCUCGAAAGCGGCGCGGUAAUACACCAUCAACCGUUGCAACUGCAGCUACAGCAAAGCCACGCACAAGCACAAGUGCAACGCGGUGCUUUGGUUUCCUCUGCGGCGACCAACCCGAACCCUAACCCGAAUCCUCCGAGGUCGCGACCUUGGCACGAUUUCGGCAGACAGAACGACGCGGACAAAAUCCAGAUACCAAAAAUAUUCUCCGCCUAUGGGUUCAAGUAUCACCUGGAGUCACCAAUUAGCACGUCGCAGCGUCGCGAGGAUGACAGAAUCACAUACAUCAACAAGGGACAAUUCUAUGGGAUCACGUUGGACUACGUUCCUGAUCCGGACAAGCCAACUCUAAAGGCUGGGCAAACAGUUAAGAGCGUGGUAAUGUUGAUGUUCCGAGAAGAGAAGAGUCCAGAAGACGAGAUUAAGGCGUGGCAAUUCUGGCACGGAAGGCAACAUUCUGUCAAGCAACGUAUUCUCGAUGCUGACACGAAGAACAGCGUGGGACUGGUGGGCUGCAUAGAGGAAGUUGCACACAAUGCGAUCGCCGUUUAUUGGAACCCACUCGAAUCCUCGGCGAAGAUCAACGUGGCGGUACAGUGUCUCAGCACCGACUUCUCCAGUCAAAAAGGCGUAAAAGGUUUGCCUCUGCACAUCCAGGUGGACACGUACGAGGAACCGCCACCCCACGCUCACACGUACACCCCACCCUCGCAUCGUGGGUAUUGCCAGAUCAAAGUGUUCUGCGAUAAGGGAGCUGAAAGGAAGACUCGCGACGAGGAGAGGAGAGCAGCAAAGAGGAAGAUGACGGCCACCGGUAGGAAAAAGCUGGACGAGCUCUACCAUUCCGUCACGGAACGCAGCGAAUUCUACUCCAUGGUCGAUCUUCACAAACCUCCCGUCCUCUUCUCGCCACCGGCGGAACAUACCAUAGACAAGUUCUCUACGAUGGAGUUGUCGGGCUUCUAUGGAGGUGGCGGCGGGGGCGGUGGCGAUACAGAUACAUCGUCCCUGAGUAAUGGCGAGGGCGGAGGAUUGAAGGCAGGGGGCAGCAGCCCUUAUCCUGCCUGCGGCAGACCAAGCUUGCCAGUCCUCAAGUUCCACAACCACUUUCCGCCCGACAAUCUAACUAGCCUGCACGACAAGAAGGACUCCUUGCUGAUGCAGGUGCAGGAGCUCCAAGGCUCGGUGCUGCAGGGAGUGCAGCAGGCAGGUCUCGCCGGGACGGUGGUAUCCGGGGUUGGGAAUAGACUACAUCUGCAACAGCAACCACCCCAUCUACGCCCAGCAGACGCCGAGGAACGAGUGAUGCUGUACGUCCGCCAGGAGUCCGAGGACGUGUACACACCGCUGCACGUCACACCGCCGACCGUUCAGGGACUGUUGAACGCUAUUGAGUCAAAGUACAAAAUUGCAUCCUCGAGUAUUAAUAACCUCUAUCGCAAAAACACAAAGGGAAUUACAGCGAAAAUUGACGACGACAUGAUCCGAUAUUACGUGGACGAGGAUCUGUUCCUCCUGGAGGUGACCCAUUCCAGAGUAAACCCAGACCCGAGCAACGAGCGUAACCCAGCCAAUCCUGGGUCGCCAGGUGACCCUGGUGAUCCCGGGGAUCCACCUGCCACAGCUGGAUACGACGUCACCCUGAUCGAGCUACCAUCGUCGCCGGCGCACAUAGCUCACUCGCCGCUCACGAAUUCCGCGCAUGGCCACGCGCACGUUCACGAGAGCGGCAACACGUGAACCGUCCGUGCCACCAAGUACGCAAGAAAAAAGGACGAAAUAAUGAAAUUAAAAUGAACAGAAAUUACCGUACGUGGCUCUCGUCGUUUCGCGUAAAUAAGUCUGAGAUGGACAAAAGCAGCCGCGAUGGUCGCGAGGAAUCGUCGACCCGGUGCAAUGUGAAAGGAUAAAUUGGACAGUUCGACGGGAGAAAGCUCUUCAGGGACCUGCGUUUGAGAAAUCAUUCGAAGAUGGCGUUCGAGUGCGACUUAAGAAUCGGAAGAAGAGAUAGAAGAGAUAGAAGACGAAGAAGAGGAAGAGGAUGUUUCGAUCUAGUGGAUGAUAAUCGCCACUUUACCCCACCAGUGCUUGUAUUUAAGAAAUAAGUUUGUAGAGAUUGGUAGAGGAAGGUAGAGAAGAAAGGGUGAACAAUAGCGUUUGGGCGUGUAAAUCGGACUGGGAAGUACGGAAAGGAUACUCGGAACUGUUCUUCGUACCGUACAAUGUAAGAUGUCAAAAGUAGAGAGGAACGUUCGUUAGUUGAUAGUGACCGUCUUGUGCAACGUCUUGAACGAUCUUGUCUGUUUUCAUAACGAUAUACAGGUAGUUUCGCCGAUGUAGAGAAUUUCGUGGACACGGAGUGGUGUUUGAUCGAUUGUACUUGAUCUCGAAGAGAUGACGAAGCUUUAUUUACGAUACCGUUUUUUCUCUUUUGUAUCUGCCGAGUUUUUCGUAGAAAUAGUAGAAUGUCGAUAACAAGGCUCUUUUUGGUCAGAGAUAAUCCAUGAAAAGAAACGUACCUCGUGUGCACGAAAUAUGUAGCGAUCGAACAGCCUGUAUUCGCGUAAACGUCUUCGAUACGAAGCACAAGAUCGAAGCUAGAAAGUAUAUUCUCUAGCCAUGCAAGGCAACUCGUUAUUUUAUAUAUAUUUUUCUUUUUUGUUUGUUUUCACUUGUGAACAAUUUAUGCCGAUGGUUGUUAGCUUAUAAAGUUGAAACAUUGCCGUCGUAGUUGAAACGCGAUGGCUACAUGUAAAUCAAUCAAAAUUGAUUUAAGAAAUUCCCGCCCUAUCCCCGUUAAAUAUUAAGUUAUAGAUUUAUAUAUAUAUAUAUAUAUUAUAUAUAGAUACGUAUGACGUAUAAAUGUAUAUGCAGAGAAAAUGUCACUCUAUUUUAUCGUAUCGUCGGUUUUAGAGUUUAAAGUCUUGUUUAUACAUUUUUAAAAGAACCGAUGGUCGGUGUUUCGACUGGUCGACGUACACGAAGCAAGCUUAUUUUAUACCAAGACUUGUACGUAAAGCUAAAGAAGUAUAACUCUGAACGUCGCCAUUCCAAGAUAGACGGGUGCCAUCGAGCAUUUUAAUCUCUUUAUAGUGUUUACGCUCAUACAACGUUCAGCGAUAUUGUAAGUUCUGUCUGAUUCUUGAUUAGGAUUCUCGAACAGACGCGAUAGUGUCAUAUCCCAUUCGAAGGUUAAAGACUCUUCCUUUGCAUUUCCAGCAUUCCAGGUUAGUCGAAGGAGCUCACCUUCUUCCAUCAACUGUCCAUCUUUUGUAUCUCAUGUGUUAUUUAUACCGAGUUAACCCGAGAAUCCGAGUAGAGCCGUGUAAUACAUCGAUUAAGGUAUCCCUUAGGUACUUCGCUAUCAUUCCAGAAACCUCCUGAGUAUCCCAGGAUCCUUUGAUAUUAUACAAAGACCAAGUAUUACUCUCACUGAAAUACGUAAUUUCUCUUUUCGUUUUUUUAUUUUUCGUUGAGAUCGAUCACGAAGAGAGGAUGAUAAAUACACGUUUAGAAGAUCAGUAGGUACGUUAAAUAUCCGAUGGAAUUGCCACGUCAUUGCAACGAGCAUUGCAAUAUUUAGAGUAGGUUAAUAUAGACGAAUACGUUAUAUUGGUAUCUGUAACGAGUUUCUUAAGAACAUUCCUUCCUCGAACAUUAGACAAUCCUUUGAGAACCAAGCCUCUAUUUCGAUAUGACAACGAAAUAGAUAAAAUGAAUAUAUCGAUAAAAUAAAAUGAAGGUAUUCUAGAAAAUAUUUCGAAACAGUAUGUACUAUGAUCAUGAAUAUAUAUGAAUAUUAGUUUUAAUUCUUACGAUUCAAGACUGUUUAUAGAAAUCGUUCUCAAAGGGUCCAGCUAUUUAUAACGUGUAAGCCCCGUGAAAACCAAGUUCAUCUUGAUAAUGGCAGGAUACAGAAUGUACACAAUGAACAUAAUCAGUGACUCUAAUCAGUACAACGUCGUUGUCGUAGAUCCAAAACAAGCGGCAAGAUGUAAGAAUUGUCAAUAGCCUGGUUAUGUAUCGUUCUCUUUUUUUUUCUCCUUUUUUGUAUUAAGGUGAAACAACAUUAACGUGCCACUGGUAAAAGCGAACACUGGUUUCGUUGUCACGUACAUCGCGUGGUUUUUAUUGUAAAACCACGCUCGUAUACAUGUACACAUACACGCACACAUCUACACACCCGCAUAUACACCGUUCGUCUGCUAUAAAAGUUAUCGAUAAUUAGUUCACAUUUAGGUUGGACUAGAGAGCAUCGUGAUCGCGACACACACCACUGUUGUCCCCAUUUUUGUUCUUGCGUGAAACAACACAAAAACGAAGGGAGAAGGAAGAGAUACUUAAAUCAUAUACACACCCCAUACAUAAUAUCACGACGAUAUCAAAGCAAGGAUCAAAAUACGCUUGUAAAAUGCAUAUUAUUAUAUGAGUACUAUAUUUUGUUACAUCUAUUGCAAGGCAGCAUAUAGUUUGAUAUUAUUAAUAUUAUUUGAUUCUAUUGACUAGAGUUACAUAAUGCGUAUAUUAUUAUGAUUAUUAUUAUUAUUAUUAUUAUUAUUAUUAUUAUUUUUAUACAAGGGAUGCGUGUAUUCAUGGUGCGAGAAUGAAAGUAAAGCUGACAGAGGGGUCGAAACACAGAGGAGAGAAAAAUAAUACGAGAGCGAAAGUGAAGAUGAGAAUGAAUGGGAAGAUUGAUCAGUAUGCCUGAAGAAGAAUGAGGAGAGAGGAAAAGAAUCGUGUUUUACGAUCAACGAAGAUUGUUAGUGUUGCUCCAUGACAUUUUUUUAUUCGUAAUUGAUAUCUUCCCCCCCCCCAGCCCAUGCCCCACACCCACAUCAAACACCCACAUAAACUUUACCCACCCUGAACCUUCGAUCGCCCAAAUAUAAUAACUUUCGUCAUUUACAGAUGGAUCUCGCGAGGGAUUCGUCGUGUGUGCGUACGAACGGUUUCGUCGAUGAACGAUUUUUAUUGCUAUCGUAUCAUCCCCUAUAAUCCCUUACGUUUAUUAAUAUUAUUAAUUAAUGAUAUAUCAUGAAAGGCAACCGUGUUACAGUCACGAGAAGACCUCGAUCGCUAUCAAAACCAGUGAAGAAAUGUUAAAGUUAGUGUAGAAAAUUGGUUGUGAGAUCGACAACUUUUUAAAUCUCUUUUUCUCUCCGUGUUAACGUUAGGAACAUUGCACGGUAGUAUAGAAGCGAGUAUGUGGUCUUCCCGUGAUCGUUACCCAGCCGUCUCGAUAUCGUACUUAAAUGACGUAAACGACGAUGCGAAACGAAUCCACAAGCUUCGCCUUAUUUGUUAGAAAUGUGCCCGUGUAAAAGGAGGAAUGUUAAAAACCAGCCGAUUUCGAACUGAGCGCGCGCAGUAUACUGUUUUGUUAGAGGAUCGUGAAGCCAGACAAGUUGCGGAACAGAUAAUGAUGCGAGAAUAUCGAAAUAUAAUAGCCGUUUUCGCGUUGUCUUGCCAUCGUGAGAUUGUGCCAGAGGUGAUAUUAUAUUACGCUGUUUAUUGCAAACAAUAAAUAUUAUAUUAGUACGUUUUAUAAA